GUGUGUGUGUGUGUGUGUGUGUGUGUGUGUGUGUGUUGGGGGGUUGUAUUUGUGUGGCAGAAAGGCAUGAAGGCAUGAUGUGCAGCUCGUCCUUGAGACAGUGAUAAAAACCAGAUAAAGCCAGAGAAGCAGGGGCGCAGAAAGAUGUAGCCUACCCCUCAUACAUUCCAUUCACACUGACCAGAACAUAAUUGUAGAACUUUACUGUUUCCAUUGGCUAGGCCACCAUCUUGAAAACAAAUAGUUUGGUGGCUUAGUUUGACUGUGUCACAAUUUCUUUUACAUGUAUAACCCUGUCAUAAAGUGUGUUUAGGCCCCUCCUCGUUAUCCACUGGAUGGUAUAUGAGGUAAUAUUAACAAAAUAUUAAGAGAAAAUUGAAAUGAUGGCGUGGGUGAUCUAUAACAAAACCACUGCACUGUCUGAAUCUUUGGAGCAAUUGUUUUAAAGUGUGAGUGGGCACACUAUUCAUUCUGCACGAGCACUGAUGUUUCUCCUAAUCUCAGAGGUUAUAAAUACAACAAGGAUAACCCAAGGACAGACAGACACUGCAGCAUCCUCGCGACUCCUCCUAAUAGGGAAACUAACAGGUACAGGUCACAUAGUUGCCCCCAGUACCACUUACCACCGCUGCCUCGGGGGAUAAGAGUAAUUUGGUCCAUUUUAGUCUCUCUGCUCCCUCUUAUCUGGCUUCAGCCUUCAGGCUCCUAAUUUGGCGAGUGGAUGUUCCUUUAUAAAGACCCAGCUGGCAAAGCUGAGGCAAGUGUUCCGUUGUCUCUUCUGUCGGGAUCCCUGCUCUGUCUGAAAACAAACUCUCCUUUCCUCUGGCUCUCGACCAGCUGUAGACAGGCAAAAUGGGGGACGCACUGAUGGCAGAGUUUGGGAAGGCUGCACCUUUCCUGCGAAAGUCGGACAAGGAACGCCUUGAAGCUCAGACCAGGGCGUUCGACAUCAAGGUCGAGUGCUUUGUCGUGGAUCCGGACGUCGAAUACGUCAAGGGGCAGAUAGUCAGCAAAGAUGCGGGAAAAGUGACAGUCAACACGGUGGAGGGCAAAACGGUGACGGUGAAGGAGGCUGAUGUCCACCCCCAGAACCCGCCCAAGUUCGACAAAAUCGAGGACAUGGCGAUGUUCACCUUUCUACACGAGCCCGCUGUGCUGUUCAACCUCAAAGAGCGUUACGCAGCAUGGAUGAUCUACACCUACUCCGGACUGUUCUGCGUCACCGUGAACCCAUACAAGUGGCUUCCCGUGUACGACUCGGAGGUGGUGGCCGCCUACAGAGGGAAGAAACGGACGGAGGCGCCCCCGCACAUCUUCUCCAUCUCCGACAAUGCCUACCAAUACAUGCUCACUGACAGGGAGAACCAGUCUGUGCUCAUCACCGGAGAAUCUGGUGCGGGCAAGACUGUGAACACCAAGAGAGUCAUCCAGUACUUUGCCAGCAUCGCGGCAGUCGGCGGAGCAAAGAGGGACGAGAGCAAAGGGACACUGGAGGAUCAAAUCAUCCAGGCCAACCCUGCGCUGGAGGCCUUUGGGAAUGCCAAGACAGUCAGGAACGACAACUCGUCUCGCUUCGGAAAAUUCAUCCGCAUUCACUUCGGAACAACUGGCAAACUGUCCUCUGCUGACAUUGAAACGUACCUCCUGGAAAAAUCCAGGGUGACCUACCAGCUAAAGGCUGAGAGGAACUACCACAUCUUUUACCAGAUCAUGUCCAACCAAAAGCCAGAGCUGUUGGAUAUGCUGCUCAUCACUAACAACCCAUACGAUUACUCCUAUGUCUCUCAAGGGGAGAUCACUGUGGCAUCAAUCAAUGACGCGGAUGAGCUGAUGUUAACAGACAGUGCCUUUGAUGUUCUCGGAUUCACCGGAGAGGAGAAAUUGGGCAUCUACAAGCUGACUGGAGCCAUCAUGCACUAUGGCAACAUGAAGUUCAAGAAUAAACAGAGGGAAGAGCAGGCCGAGCCCGAUGGCACAGAGUCAGCAGACAAGUCAUCUUACCUGAUGGGGCUGAACUCAGCUGACCUGGUCAAAGGCCUCUGCCACCCAAGGGUCAAGGUAGGCAAUGAGUAUGUCACUAAAGGCCAGAGUGUAGACCAAGUCUAUUAUUCCAUCGGUGCACUGGCAAAGUCAGUGUAUGAAAAGAUGUUUAACUGGAUGGUUGUCAGAAUUAACCUGUCCCUUGACACCAAGCAGCAUAGGCAGUAUUUCAUUGGAGUACUGGACAUUGCAGGUUUUGAGAUCUUUGACUUUAACACAUUUGAGCAGCUGUGCAUCAACUUCACCAAUGAGAAACUGCAACAGUUUUUCAAUCACCAUAUGUUUGUGUUAGAACAAGAGGAAUACAAGAAAGAGGGGAUUGAUUGGGAGUUCAUUGACUUCGGAAUGGACUUACAGGCUUGCAUUGACCUGAUUGAAAAGCCUCUUGGGAUCAUGUCUAUUUUAGAGGAAGAGUGCAUGUUCCCAAAAGCAAGUGACCAGACAUUCAAGUCAAAGCUGUAUGACAACCAUCUGGGCAAGAAUCACAUGUUCCAAAAACCACGUCCGAAAGGAGAGGGUCACUUUGCACUCGUCCAUUAUGCUGGCACUGUGGACUACAACAUUGGGGGCUGGCUGGUGAAGAACAAAGACCCGCUGAAUGAGACAGUUGUAGGACUGUAUCAGAAGUCCUCCUUGAAGCUGCUGAGCUAUCUAUUCUCUGCAUACGCAGCAGAGGGUGGGGAUGGAGGCGGAAAGGGAGGAAAAGCUGCCAAGAAGAAGGGCUCCUCUUUUCAAACAGUAUCAGCUUUGCACAGGGAAAAUCUCAACAAGCUGAUGACCAACCUCAAGACCACCCACCCACAUUUUGUCCGAUGCUUGAUCCCAAACGAGUCCAAGACUCCAGGGGCAAUGGACAAUUGCCUUGUGAUGCACCAGCUGCGCUGUAAUGGUGUGCUGGAGGGCAUCAGGAUCUGCAGAAAAGGCUUCCCAAAUAGGGUCCUCUAUGGAGACUUCAAGCAGAGGUACAGAAUACUGAAUGCCUCAGCCAUUCCUGAGGGACAGUUCAUGGACAGCAAGAAGUGUGCUGAAAAACUCCUCGGUUCACUGGACAUUGAUCACACCCAGUACAGAUUUGGCCACACAAAGGUUUUCUUUAAAGCUGGGCUGCUAGGUACACUGGAGGAAAUGCGGGAUGAGCAACUCUCCAGAAUCAUUACAAGAAUUCAGGCCAGAGGCAGAGGCAUACUGAUGAGAAUAGAAUACCAGAGGCUUGUGGAGCGCCGAGAUGCCUUAAUGGUAAUUCAGUGGAACCUCCGGUCUUUCCUUGGAGUCAAGAAUUGGCCCUGGAUGAAAAUGUUUUUCAAGAUAAAGCCACUCCUCAAGAGUGCAGAGUCUGAAAAAGAGAUGGCUAACAUUAAAGAUGAGUUCAACAAGAUAAAAGAAGCCCUGGACAAAUCUGAGGGAAGGAGAAAGGAACUAGAAGAGAAAAUGGUGAGUCUUCUCCAAGAGAAGAAUGACUUGGUGCUUCAGCUGCAGUCUGAGGGAGACACACUAAAUGAUGCAGAGGAGCGCUGUGAACAGCUGAUCAAAAGCAAGAUCCAGAUGGAGGCAAAAGUGAAGGAAAUGACAGAGAGGAUGGAGGAUGAGGAGGAGAUGAAUGCUGAUCUCACAGCAAAGAAAAGGAAGCUUGAGGAUGAAUGUUCUGAGCUGAAGAAAGACAUUGAUGACCUUGAGUUGACCUUGGCCAAGGUGGAGAAAGAGAAGCAUGCCACUGAGAACAAGGUUAAGAAUCUCACAGAGGAAAUGUCCUCUCAAGAUGAAUCUAUCUUGAAACUGACAAAGGAGAAGAAAGCCCUUCAGGAGGCUCAUCAGCAAACACUUGAUGACCUGCAGACAGAAGAGGACAAGGUCAACACACUGAAUAAAUCAAAAAUAAAGCUUGAACAACAAUGUGAUGACCUUGAGGGCUCCCUUGAACAUGAAAAAAAGGUCAGAAUGGAACUGGAGCGUGGCAAAAGAAAAAUUGAAGGGGACCUUAAACUUACCCAAGAAAAUGUCAUGGACUUAGAGAAUGAUAAGCAGCAGCUGGAGGAAAAACUCAAAAAGAAAGAAUUUGAGAUGAGUGCACUAAACAGUAAAGUUGAGGACGAACAACUUGUGGGAAUACAGCUCCAGAAGAAACUGAAGGAAAAUCAAGCUCGCAUUGAGGAGCUGGAGGAGGAAUUAGAAGCGGAACGAGCGGCGCGAGCCAAAGUGGAGAAGCAGAGAUCUGACCUGUCUCGAGAACUAGAGGAUAUAAGCGAACGACUGGAAGAAGCAGGCGGGGCCACCAGCACUCAAGUGGAGCUCAACAAGAAAAGAGAGGCAGAGUUCCAGAAACUUCGCAGAGACCUUGAAGAGGCAACCCUGCAGCAUGAGGCCACCUCCGCCUCCCUGCGGAAGAAGCAAGCUGAUAGCGUGGCCGAGUUGGGCGAGCAGAUUGACAACUUGCAGAGAGUCAAGCAAAAGCUUGAGAAAGAGAAGAGUGAGCUGAAGCUGGAACUGGAUGACAUCUCCUCAAACAUGGAGAGCAUAGUGAAGGCCAAGGUGAACCUUGAGAAAAUGUGUAGAUCCAUGGAGGACCAGAUGAAUGAGCACAGGACAAAGGCAGAGGAGGCCCAAAGAGCCCUGAAUGACUUCUCUGUGCAGAGGGCCAAGCUUACCACUGAAAACGGAGAGCUUGGGCGGCAGCUGGAGGAAAAGGAAAGCCUGAUAUCACAGCUCACCAGAGGGAAGAUGUCAUUCACACAACAAGCAGAAGACUUGAGGAGGCAGCUGGACGAGGAAGUGAAGGCAAAGAAUGCCCUGGCGCACGCAGUGCAGUCGGCGCGUCAUGACUGUGACCUGUUGAGGGAGCAGUUUGAGGAAGAGCAGGAGGCCAAAGCAGAGCUGCAGCGAGCCCUUUCUAAAGCAAACACUGAAAUUGCCACUUGGAGGACAAAGUAUGAAACAGACGGCAUCCAGAGGACAGAGGAGCUGGAGGAGGCCAAGAAAAAACUGGUGCAGAGGCUGCAGGAGGCUGAAGAGGCAGUGGAGGCUGUAAACGCAAAGUGUUCAUCCCUUGAAAAGACCAAGCAUCGUCUUCAGAACGAGAUCGAAGACCUGAUGUUAGACAUGGAGAGAGCAAAUUCAGCCACUGCUACCCUUGACAAAAAGCAGAGGUCCUUUGACAAAGUCAUUUCAGAAUGGAAACAGAAGUACGAGGAGUCACAAUGUGAGCUCGAGGGCUCGCAGAAAGAGGCUCGGUCACUCAGCACCGAGCUCUUCAAGCUAAAGAAUGCCUACGAGGAGGCGCUAGACCACCUGGAGACAACCAAGAGAGAAAACAAGAAUUUGCAGGAGGAGAUCUCAGACCUGACUGAUCAGCUGGGAGAGGGAGGGAAGAGCGUCCAUGAGUUGGAGAAGAUGAGGAAGAUGCUGGAGCAGGAGAAAUCUGAGCUUCAGUCUGCCCUUGAGGAAGCAGAAGGUUCUUUGGAGCAUGAAGAGGGUAAAAUCCUCCGUGCACAGCUGGAGUUCAACCAAGUGAAAGCUGACAUUGAGCGCAAGCUGGCAGAGAAAGACGAAGAGAUGGAGCAAGCCAAGAGAAAUUACCAGCGAAUGGUCGAUUCUCUACAGACCUCCCUCGAAUCCGAGACGAGAAGCAGAAACGAGGCCCUGAGGAUUAAGAAGAAGAUGGAUGGCGACCUCAAUGAGAUGGAGAUCCAGCUCAGCCAGGCCAACAGGCAAGCUGCAGACGCCCAGAAGCAGGUAAAGACCAUCCAGGCAUUCCUCAAGGACACCCAGCUGCAGUUGGACGACACCAUCCACAGCAAUGACGACCUGAAGGAGAACGUUGCAAUUCUGGAGCGCAGGAACAACCUCAUCCAGGCCGAGCUGGAAGAGCUGAGGGCCGUUCUCGAGCAGACAGAACGAGGACGCAAGCUGGCCGAGCAAGAGCUCACCGAUUCCACAGAGAGGAUGCAGCUGCUGCACUCCCAGAACACUGGCCUGCUCAAUCAGAAGAAAAAGCAGGAGUCCGACCUGAUGCAGCUCCAGACGGAGACCGAGGAGCUCAUCCAGGAGAGCCGCAACGCGGAGGAGAAGGCCAAGAAGGCCAUCACCGACGCCGCCAUGAUGGCAGAGGAGCUGAAGAAGGAGCAGGACACCAGCGCCCACUUGGAGCGCAUGAAGAAGAACAUGGAGCAGACCAUCAAGGACCUGCAGCACCGGCUCGACGAGGCAGAGCAGGUGGCCAUGAAGGGGGGCAAGAAGCAAGUGCAGAAGAUGGAGUCCCGCAUCCGGGAGCUGGAAGGCGAGCUGGAGGCGGAGCAGAAGCGAGGGGUAGAGUCCAUGAAGGGGGUCAGGAAGUACGAGCGCCGCAUCAAGGAGCUCACCUACCAGACGGAGGAAGACAAGAAGAACAUGGUGCGCCUCCAGGACCUGGUGGACAAGCUGCAGCUGAAGGUGAAGUCCUACAAGCGGACUGCAGAGGAAGCGGAGGAGCUGGCCAACGGGAACAUGGCCAAGCUCCGCAAGCUGCAGCACGAGCUGGAGGAGGCUGAGGAGAGGGCCGACAUCGCAGAGUCCCAGGUCAACAAGCUGCGUGCCAAGACCAGAGAUGGCAUGCCCAGCAAGAAGUCUCCCGAUGAGUAGGCCUAAUCAGAGCCGUAUAUAGAGAGGGCCUAAUGAUAGAGUUGUCAGAUUGCUGCAGCUCCAAUAAGAAUCACUCAGGGCAUGUCACAUCGCAAAAUGCAAUGUAAAGGCUCUUUGUGUUUUUUUUCCCCCCUCCCAAUGCAAUAAUGUGCCAGAAUGCAGUUUCUGUAUAAUACAGUCCUGCAAUUGUUGUAGCAAAAUGUUUCAAAAUGAUACAUCAUAUACUGAAUAAUAUAGUAUAUUUUGUUGGGUAAGUCUGAGCCUUCUGAUGUCCUCAUAUAGAGAAAACAUGUUCAUACAUGCCGGAAAACUACAACGAUACUCAUGUCAUAAGCAAGAAGAUUUCAUCAGUGCAGGAUGUGGCAAUAGUAGGAAAAUGCACGUCAUGAAUUGGCUUUUUCCUAAAGAUAAAAAAACUUUAUUUUUGUGGACAGUGGACCCCUUAAACACUUAAAAUAAAAUGAAAUAAAAAUGUGGAGUGCAAUUAAGAUUUUUGUUCUUUGAAAUGAUUUCUACAAGGUGGUGGAUUGGCACGUUAUUUGCCAAAACAGAUUCAUUCUUUAGACGUAUUAUUCAUUUGACUAAUUGUUCAAUUUAAAAUUGACAUAAUAGGAGUUGUAGCAGAACUCCAGUCAUGAAGGGUUGAUGAAUUUAAUAGAGUGAGGGAUGACCUCUACUGGCCAGAGAUGGAACUGACAUGCAGAGACCAAGCUGGGAAUUGGAAUGGACCCACAUUAUUUUAUAUGAGAAGUGUAAUUUCCCCAAUCAAAAAUGAAUAAUUGUUGUUGGUGGGAAAUACUCAUGAAAAAUAUAACAUUUGUAAAUGGGCAGCAUAGAUUAAUUUCUGUAAGUAAACUACUAGACAAAUAAAUAUUCUACCUUUAAAAGAAAGUGUUUGUUGCUACAAAAAGCAAAAUGAAGGGCAGAAACACACAAAUUCAUGUCGUGCCUUUUAUUUCCAAAUUGGACGUUUCAUCAGUUGGGCAUCACAUGUGUUUCAGUAACAUCGUCCCAACUAGGCUCACUCACGCAGUUAAGCUGAAGUAGCUUCAUCAGUGUCUUAGAAAAAUAGUCUGCUUGGGGCGCUUCCGAAUAAGCUUACUUACCAAUGACAUCCAAAAACACAACAUCAACAACAACAGAGGUUAACUUAAAACCAUAGAGCAUACUGCAGCAAAAAUAAAGAAACAAAAACAAAUAUAUUAACAACUUCAAAUACAAUAUUUACAUUCGUUAAGUUAUCUAUCUGAAAAUGCAAACAGUACAUACUAUGUAUAUUGCCUC